AUGAGUUCUUUACUACAACAAACAUCACAGCUAUUUGUCCAAAGUUAUCAAAGUGAUAAUAUUGCAUUCAAAAGUACUAAACAAUUUCCUGAGAAAAAAAGUUUCUUAGAAUUAGAAUUAAUACAAAAGAUUUUAUUUCCUGAUUUCUUUACAAGAAGAGAUAAAAGAACCUUCAGUAAUGUUUUAGAAAGACUUUCAUUACUUGUUUAUCAUAUUCAAAAUUCUAUAGAAGCUUAUUAUAACCAACAACUAGCUGAAAAAUGUAUUACUGCUCUUCUUAACCAGUUUGUUACUAUUAGAGAGUUAGUUAAACAAGACAUUAUUGCUGCAUAUGCUGGGGAUCCUGCUGCAUCCAGUCUUGCUAUGAUUAUUCGAUCUUAUCCCGGUAUUCAUGUUAUGAUGAUUCAAAGAGUUGCACAUAUUUUAUACAUAAAUGGUGAUAUUGAAUAUUCAAGAGAACUUAUGGAAAGUAUUCAUAGUGUUACAGGAAUAGAUAUUCAUCCAGGUACAUCUAUUGGAAAUCAUUUUUUCAUUGACCAUGGUGUUGGUGUUGUUAUUGGUGAAACAGCAGUUAUUGGUAAUUGGUGCAGAGUGUAUCAGUCAGUAACACUAGGUGCAAUGAGUUUCAAAGAAGAUAAUGGUAUUGUUAUAAAAGGAAAUAAACGUCAUCCAACUAUAGGGGAUUUUGUAGUUAUUGGGGCAGGUGCUAAAGUUCUUGGAAAUAUUACUAUUGGAAGUAAUGUUAAAAUUGGUGCAAAUUGUUGGAUUACACAGAACAUUGACCAAGACCAAAUUGUCUUUAUUUCUGAACAUCCAUCUCAAAUAACUAAAUCAUCAACAAAACAGUCAAGCAAAGAUGACAAAAUAAUUUUACAAUCACUAACUGAAAAUAAAAUCUCAGAAGAACAAGAAAAUUUGAGUUGGGUUAAUUCACCUGAGCUAUUGUGUACUUAUACUUCUGAAGAAUCAACCCCAAUUAACUUAGAUUGUUUUGUAUCUUGUCAACAGUAA